UGCCCUAAACUUACAUGUGUUAUCGGCGGCGUUUACCCGGAGGUCUGUAUAUAAACAUCAGUCAUCUGCAGUUGAGGGCAUUCCUUCUGUACCCGUGGGGACAUCGACAUGAUUACUUUAUAUUUAGUUAGUUUGUCAUUUCUAUUGAUUGCCACCGAUAGCGUGCUCAGCAAGCCGCAGUACUUGUUCAGCUACGAGGCGGAGGGCUGGCUGAAGCUGCACAGGUUCCCGGCCACCUGGGAACAAGCCUUCCUCAGAUGUCACUACGAGGGCGCAGUGUUAGCGUCUCCACUAGACUUGCGUCUAGUGCACGCUCUUCGCUCAGCAAUGGCUCAGAACGGAGUUCACGGCCAUAUCUUCCUUGGAACACAUAACUCGCACUCUGGUGAUGACUUUGUUUCAGUAGAAGGGGUGCCGAUGUCUGACAUGGAAAUAAACUGGGCUCCACAAACUAACCCAGAUGUAUCAGGGCUCUGCCUGACCAUGGCCAUCAAUGGACCUUCACAAUACAUGAAUGUCACUUCAUGCAAAGACUCGCUUCCCUACAUAUGCUAUAGGAAGCUCGAUAAUAGUACUAUGAACGAAUGUGGCACCUUCGACGAUGCAUAUCACCUGAACAAGCGCACAGGCAGCUGUUACAAGGUCCACUUUGAUAAGAAAACUUGGUACCAUGCGUAUGAGAUAUGCGCUGCUGAGGGGGGCCACUUGGUCGUCAUCAACAACAAAGAAGAGGCUCUCGUCAUCAAAGACAUGUUUCCAGUUCUUCCCAGUGAUAAGAUUAACAAAUGGGAACAAUUCCAUAUCGGCAUGCGAGCAUAUGGCAACCAGCGUACAUGGGUGACGCUUAACGGUGAUAGACUAGAAGAUGUGUUUAACGACUGGGAUCCCGGACAGCCAGAUAAUAUGAGUGGCAUCCAGCAUCACGCAACUUUUAUUCGAGCUGGCACCUUAGACGACGGCAACUCUGAGACGAAAGCCAAGUUCGUCUGCGAGAAGUCACCCAAAGUAGAACUAUUUGAGCCCUCACCUUUACAAUACUCUGAAAUAUCUGGGAAAGCCGAAAGAUAUUAAUAACCCUCUAUUAUUGUCGGUAGGUUUUGAAGACAGAACUAAAGCGAAACGAGAAAUAGAUAACCGAGUUCCUGUCCCUCAUCAUCUUUUCGUUAUCACUUCAUCAUCAUAUAACCAUCAUUUACAAAUAAAAAAAUAUCCUAAAUGGACAGUACUGCCACACGUUGCUAGUCAGCUGAACACACAACUCUUAAGUUCUGUCUCAUUAUGUAUUAUGAUGUCUUACCUAUGAAUUAUCUUACAACUUAAUAAAACGUUUGAAUUUGUAAA